UUAUAGUCGGGGGUUAUUCCUUCUGUAGAACUUCAUUCUCUGGAUGACAGGAUUAGGAUUCGAGACGCCAUUAUGACUGGGAAGAUUCAGGAAGCUACAGCAUUGAUAAAUCAACUGCAUCCAGAGUUAUUGGACAAUGAUAGAUAUCUUUAUUUUCAUUUACAACAACUACAUCUUAUAGAAUUAAUUAGAAAUAAUAGAAUAGAAGAGGCCCUGGCCUUUGCCCAAAGUCAUCUCAGUGAAGCCGGCGAAGAAGAUCCAUCUGUACUCUCAGAAUUAGAAAGAACAGUAGCUCUUUUAGCAUUUGAAGAACCUCUUUCAUCUCCAUUUGGGGAUUUGUUAGCUCCCUCACACAGACAGAAGGUUGCCAGUGAAGUAAAUGCAGCUAUUUUAAAAAUGGAACAUCAGGAGAACACCGCACCACAGGUUUCUACACUUCUGAAACUCAUUUUGUGGGGACAGGACAAGUUAACGAAGAGGAACGUCAAGUAUCCAAAAAUGGUAGAUCUAGCUUCAGCAAAGAUUGAUGAUCAUAAAUAAAUGAAAUUUUUAAUAUAUAUUUUAUGGAUGGUGUGACAAUGAAUGUUUUAAAUUUUGUACAUAUUUAGAUUUUUUUUGUUCUUAGUCAUUCAACAGUAAGUUAAUUCAAUUUUGAUUUUUUUCCUGUUCAUAAAUAAGUGUCUUGAUUGAUAUAUUUUAAAUCCAUCUACAUAUUUAUUUAUAUUACUUAUGAGAAACUUUUAGAUGAAGUUUGAGUAAUUUUCGUCGUUUUUUUUUCAUUUGAUGCAUUAUGUAGGUAUAGGUAUCAGCCUGUUCAAUUUAGUGUUAUGAUUUCUACGAUACACUGCGGAUGAGUUAAAUCCUUUAUAA